CUCGAACUCGUUUGACAAGAUACAAAUUAUUUAAGAUAAAUAAUAUUUGAGUCGAAUACCAUUAAUUUUAUCAACCUAUAAAAUACAUCGAUGAAACUUUGAUUGAUUAACAAAUAUUGGCGGGGGGAAUCGUAGAAAGAAGAACAGUUCAUUAUAAAAUAACAAGUAGUCUGUGGAUAGACAUUGUUCGUUAUCACGGUAGUCGGUUAAAUAUUAAAUAACCAAUCGUUCAAGUCUCUCAGAAUGGCACAUAAUACAAGGCCCGUCAUCGUCAUGUUAUUCCUUAUAGCCAUUAUAUGCAUCGUGACCUCGUUGCCGGCCUCAAUGAACAUGCCACUAGUAGACCCAGGGCUCUUUGUAAUAUCGGGCGUCAAAACAUGUGGAAACACUUUCGGUUAUUGUCUUCUGGGUAGUGAUUGCACCAUGGACGAUGAUUUUUUGCCAGAUGCAACUGGUAACUGUGAUGGUUUGAAACGUGCAUUCACUCCAAGUGCACCUUUUGCCUGCUGUAAGUUUAACCAAAGAUCGCCUCAAUCCGGGACACCGAUGAUAGAAUCUAAAGGUACCAAAAAGGCAGCUAACACUGUACCUAAAGAUAAAUUGGGAAGAAACACAAGGGAAAAUAUAGAUUCCUCACAAAUGGAUAGUGAUCAAUUGGCAAAACUAAACGAAAUUGAGUUAGUGGUCAAAAAAAUUGUCGAACAACUAAUAAAUGAAACUGCAAAUAAUAUAAAAGCAGAAGAAACUAUAUUAAAUACUGAAACAAAAAUGGAAGAAAAUACGAUUAGAUAUAGUAUAAAUGAUGAAAAACCAACAAUAAACGACAUUAUUGAAAUAAAAGAUACUACUGUAGAUCCUUUGACAAAUCCAGAAGAAACAUUAGACGAAGGAUAUGGGAAAAAAGAAAUACCUCUGGAGAUCAAAAAAGACAAUGAAACUAUUACACCUGACACAACUGAAUCAGAGUCGGAAGAACCAAGCAUUGAUGACGAAUUUAAAGCUGAAAAACGUAUUUGUCAAAAAUCCUGCAAAAGUGAAAUAAUUUUUUUGGUUGAUAAAAAACCAAUGUGUUAUGGAACACUUUUAGAUGACAUAUGGAUACUUACUUCUGCCACAUGCGCUUCCAGGUUAAAUAAAUCUGGUAUAAGGAAAGUGACAGUAAGUCGAAAAGACUUAGUGGGACCGACAUUGAGCAUUUCGAACAUAUUAGUGCACGAGAAUUUCAAAUCACCAGUUUCUAAAAGCGCACCAGAAAACAACGAUUUAGCUCUAGCUAGUUUGACUGUUCCGCUCGAGGGUCAAGCAUGUACUCCAUGUUUCAGCCAAAAGAAUACCGUAACGAAUGAAGUAUGCAAGACUUCUCAAAACCCUAAUUUUAAGAAUACAGUGAAAUCAUCCGAAAACUGUGAAGGUCGGGUACAACUACGAAAGUUGAUUAGCAAUCCAUACAUAAUACUGCCGUGCAAUCACUGGAGGAUGCAAUACAACCAAGAAGGGCGACUAGGAAGCAGCCUGUGGUGUGACGGUAAACUGGCUGGAGUCCAAACUGGCGUUGGCGUAGGGUCGUUGAUUUAUACGCCAGUGAAUGAGUACGCCAUGUGGAUAUCCGAUAACAAGAGGAUUGAAGAAAGAAGAUGAACAAACAAGUUGAUCAGAUGAAGAUUUUGUGUAUUAAAAGACUGUGCAAAUAUUAAAAUGUUAAAUUAAUUUCAUAUCUAUUGUACGUAAUUAUUGAUAAGUUUUUAGAUUAUAAUAAUUUAUUAUAAUCGUAUGUAAUUUUAUGAUUUAAUUUUAAGACAGUAAACAUCCAAAAGAAAACAAUUUUUCGUUGAAUUUAAAUCCACUUUCUGUUGCUGGGAGGUUUUUAGACUUAUUUUAAACGCGUCAAAACUAACAAAAGAUUAUUUCUAUCAUAAGGGGUAAGAUGGUUUUAAGUGUUAUAACCUGUCUACACAAUAAUAGAUCUUCUUUUUUUUUUAAUAACUGGUAGGUAUAUUACACCUGGCUGGUUUAAAUUAUCAGAGAUGUUUUUGUUCUGUACGACAUUGGUUUUAUUACCUGACAAAGAAUAUUACGGGGUUGGAUACAAGGUCACUAACUGAGGGAAUAACGAACGUUCUGAUAGCCUUAUGUCGUUAUAAUGAUGUAUAUAUAAUUAUAUUUUCAUAUGAUUAUUUUAUAAUAUGAAAUAAUAUUCUUUUCGUUGUACAAAACUUAACGUUAAUAUAGCUUACAAAAAUAAAAGCCAUAAAUAAACCGACCUAAAAUUAUAUUUUAGUAUUUAUCGAAAGUUAAAGUCAAGUUAUAUUUUCACAGUUCCAAUUUAACAUUUUUAUUUUUUAUACAAUUACUCCGAUUCAUUGUCAGGAUUGUUUUCUUUGAUUAGAAAAUGUGUAAUUCCAUCCUACGAAGUAUAUAAUUUAUAUAAGUUUAUUUACAU